UGUAUGCCUUUGAUGUCUAUGACAUCAGACAUUACAUCACAGUCUUUGGACGGCCAAGUUAUCAAGUUAGUGCAGAAUCUUGGUUUCUACAGACCAAAACCAUAUUGUGAAGCCAAGAUGGCGACAGCACAAGACCAGAGAGUUGUUCAACCCAAGAUCAAGAUAGACUACAUGGCAAGCAAGCAAAACACAAGGCCGGAGUACGGCACAAGACAAGGCAGGGAGUUUGUGAACACAAGGCUGGAGUACGGCACAAGACAAGGCAGGGACUUUGCUAACACAAGGCCAGAGUACGACACAAGAGGAAACAGGGACUUUGCUAACACAAGGCCGGAGAACGGCACAAGACAAGGCAGGGACUUUGCUAACACAAGGCCGGAGUACGGCACAAGACAAGGCAGGGACUUUGCUUACACAAGGCCAGAGUACGACACCAGAGGAAACAGGGACUUUGCUAACACAAGGCCGGAGUACGACACAAGAGAAGGCAGGGACUUUGCAGGGACUUUGCAUUGUCAGUACAAGCCUACACCCAGCAUGGGCCAAAUCAGACCUAAUCUCUGGGAUGAAAAUGCUGCUCUCAAAGCCCAGCUAAAACAUUCUCAGUUAGAGGAGCAACAGUGUCAUCACAAAUAUGUAGCUGCUGAGAAAAAGGCCUCAGAUUUGAAGACCCAGCUGGGGGAACUUCACAGGAAAUACUCCAACACUGCUGCAGCAGAUGAGAAAACCAUUAAAGAGCUCAAACACCAGCUUGAACUAGCUUGCAGCUUAGAGACUAAGUCUUUUAUGGACGGGAUCCUUAAGCUCAAACUUGAGCUUAGCGAGGCUCGCAAUGAGCAGAUCAAUUCUUCCGACAGGCAGAUUCAAUGCAACUCUGCUGCAGAGUGGUGUGAGGAGCCACCAGCCUGGAGCACGAAGGCCUCCCAGACAGACCUGGAGGACCAGACAACUGGGGAUGAAAGGCUAAGUACAGAGGAGCUCCAGCAGAAGCUCCAAAAGGCCCAGCAAGACCUAGAAGAGCAGGCCGCUCAACACAGCAAGGAACAAGAGGCUCUCCGCUGUGAGACUGAAGAUCUCAGAGCAAAACUCUGCACUGUUGAGACCCUCAAAGAGAAAAACGUUGUGAAGGCUCUGGAACUGGAGAUGGAGAUACAGUCAAUCAAAAUAUCCUUUGCGGAACAGCUAGAGCAGCAACAAAUAGAAAACAAAAAAGUUCUGGCUGCACUGACAAAAGCAGAGGAGGAGAAGACGUCUCUCCAAAAGACUCUGAAAGUAAAGCAGGAGGAGUGGUCUCAGGCAGGAGCCGACAUGGAAACCAGGCUGGUUAAACUCGAGUCCAUGAUGAGCACACUGUUGGAGGAAAAGGCCAAGAUGAAGAAGAAGAGCUGGCUGGUCAGGCUCUUCGGCAGCAGGAUAACGAAAGCGUAAACUGCACUGCAGACACACUUGGUUAAGACUUGUUAACAUGUCUGCUGACAUGUCUGUUGACUUGAUUCUGCAUAUUACAAAUACCAGCAAGACCUAGAAGAGCAGGCCGCUCAACACAGCAAGGAACAAGAGACUCUCCGCUGUGAGACUGAAGAUCUCAGAGCAAAACUCUGCACUGUUGAGACCCUCAAAGAGAAAAACGUUGUGAAGGCUCUGGAACUGGAGAUGGAGAUACAGUCAAUCAAAAUAUCCUUUGCGGAACAGCUAGAGCAGCAACAAAUAGAAAACAAAAAAGUUCUGGCUGCACUGACAAAAGCAGAGGAGGAGAAGACGUCUCUCCAAAAGACUCUGAAAGUAAAGCAGGAGGAGUGGUCUCAGGCAGGAGCCGACAUGGAAACUAGGCUGGUUAAACUCGAGUCCAUGAUGAGCACACUGUUGGAGGAAAAGGCCAAGAUGAAGAAGAAGAGCUGGCUGGUCCGGCUCUUCGGCAGCAGGAUAAAGAAAGCGGAACCUGCACUAUAGACACACUUGGUUAAG